AUUGGUCCAUAUUGGCGACACGACACUGCCGAGGGGUCCCGGCUAACAAGAAGCAAGCACAAGCCUAGAACAACUCUUUAUUAUUAGAAAAAAUAAGGGGACAGAGAGGGGACUGCGGGCACUAGAAACUCCCCGGAUAUGAUCCGGCAGCGAUGCUAGGUACUUGCUGUCGUCCAACCCCAGAAAACGUCCGAGUCGAGUCGAAUCCCUCGGGAUCCUAGCCUAUUAAUUUUGCUUGUCAAUCACGAACUGCCGUCUUUUGCUUUUAUUUAUGCUGUCCUACAUAAUCUCAUAGUCCUGACUCUGGGGGGGAAAAAACCUCAAUUUGCCCACAUCCAUUCUCAGGAUAGGUGUUAGACUAAGACAAUUACACUAGAAUAAACUGCAACUACAUGCGAAAGUCAUUAUCGCAUCUAGUCUCACAUCCCAAGACCCCUCGUCUCCCAAUUAGAUCUUCUACCCACCAAUCCACCCGCACCACCAAACCCGAACAAUGCCGGGUCUCCGCAUCGCCAACGUAGGCUCCUCCUUCGCCGCCGGGCCCAGCAUCCCACCCUGCGUCGACGAAGCCGCCGGCCGCUCAGGCGCGAACUUCGCCUGUCUAGUCACAAAACGGAUUCCAGGCGCCGUUCUCACCGAUCUCACGGUGUCCGGAGCCACGCUUCCCAAUCUAACCACGGAACCACAGGAUCGCGACGGUACUAUUUUCCCACCUCAAAUCGAGGGGCUACCCGAGGACUCCGAUGUUGUAUUAGUACUAGGCGGUGGAAAUGACAUCGGGUACAUAGGCGGCCUAUUCGAGGACACGCUGGGAGCGUCUUGGAUUGGAUCGAUCGUGAUGCAGGUCCGUGGAACGGGCGGUGCGCCUGUGGCUCCUGAUAACCAACUCGAUGUUGAGGGGCUCGCAGCUAGGUAUGCCGAGGUUUUAGAUGCGUUACAUGUGAAGGCGCCUAGGGCACAAUUCUUGGUGGUUGAGUACUUGACGAUGCUGGGUCAGCAUACGCAGGCUAGACGGCAUGUACCGUUUAGCGCGGAGCGCGUGGAGCAUCACAAAGCUGUGGCUGCAAGGUUACUGGAAGCGACAGCGAAGGCGGUUGAAGGGCGUGAAGAAUGGUGUCAUGUCGUGUCCGUGGCGGAGCCGAGUGAUGCACAUGCUAUCGGUGCCCCAGAGCCUUGGGUCUCGGCGUUUACGUGGAAAUUGUUCCGCUCUGGAGGUGCGUAUCACCCUCGCGCUGAAGGCAUGAAGGCCGUUGCGGAUAUAGUAUAUAAGAAGAUGGUUGAGUUGAAGAUAGUAGAGGAUGGUGAGCUGUGAGUGGUUGUAGUAUACAUUCAUGUAGACUUAGACCUGCUAUGACCAUAGUUGUUAGGGUGUUGGUCAAGUCCAACCCAUCUUGUACAUGUACCCAUUCUCCAAGUAUUUGAGGUUUACAAAUAUCGAUACUAUGAAUGUACUCAGACUAUUCUAGAUACGGUCUGAGUUCGUACGCUUUCUACACAAAAAAUAUUUUCCGACAAUGGCGCAUCCACAUAAUUACCAGGCUCGCAAGUAAUAAAAAUCGCAACGUAAUAUUAUUCAAUGCUUAAAAAUUGACUUUAGAGAGUUAAACUCCUUUUGAUACGUAUCUAUAACCACGA